AUGUCAACCAAAUACAUUGAUCGAGGUCCGAUUGACUGCACCAUUGCGGUGGACAGGAGUCGAGUCAAGGGAAAGACUGUUGUCAUUACCGGUGGAGCAAAUGGCAUCGGUGCAGAAUAUGUCAAGGCAAUGGCAGAAGCCGGAGCAUACGUCGUAAUUGGAGACCUCGAUGAAACUCGCGCAGCAAAGCUAGCAGCGUCAUAUCCAGGAAACGUUUGGUUCUCAAAAUGCAACGUUACAAGCUGGGAAGAACAACUCGAGUUGUUCGAAAGCGCCAUUAGAAAGUCGCCCACCCACAGAAUCGAUAUUGUCGUGGCCAAUGCAGGCAUCAGUGGGCCAGACCCUGUCUUUCUGGACGAUUCGUCAGAGGAAAAGCCUCAGAAACCGGACCUCAAGAUCCUCGAUGUCAAUUUCACUGGAGUAAUGUACACCAUCAGAUUGGCACUGCAUUACUUCAGAAAACAGUACAACGCUGCUGUCAAUGAGGGAGUUGAAGCAUCCAAGGAUGAGCUUGACACAUGUCUCGUACUCCAAGGAAGUCUUGCUGGCUUCAUCGAUCAGCCUGGUUCACCUCAGUAUAAUGGUUCAAAAUUCGGCCUUCGGGGAGUUAUGAGAAGUCUACGGAGGACUGUCUUGCAGCAUGGCACGCGGAUCAAUUACAUUGCCCCUUGGUAUAUCAAAACAGACAUUAUUAGUGACUCGGUCUCCGAACGUUUGGUAUCGAAGGGUGUCCAGUAUGCAGAGAUAGAAGAUGCGGCCGAGUCUCUGAUGAGGAUUGCGUGUGACACGAGUGUCUGUGGCCGAGCGCUGGCAGUUGUACCACGCGUAUGGGCGCCACAGGGAUACUUGGACGUGGACCACGAUGAUUAUCGAGGUGAUGAUAUGUUUGUGGAGUGGCAGGAAUUGGUGCUCAGGGCUAGCCAUAGGCUUACAGGCCCACCGGUUAAUGAAUGA